UCACCGGAGACACUGAUAAAGAUCCAGACUUCUGUAGUGUCUGCAGCACUGACAGGAUAAGACCGCCGCCAAAGACUCUGAAGCCCAAGGCGGUGCUCUUCAGGCAGAAGUCCAUGACCUCUGUGCUGGCAGUGAGACACAAGGCCUGGAUGGUUUUCUUCAUUGGGACAGGAGAUGGCCAGCUCAUUAAGCUUGCUGUGGACAAGAACUAUCACACCACCUGUCCCAGGGUGCUCUACAGGGCCACUGAUGACCGCCAAGUGUUUCCCAAAAUGCUUCUGGAUCAAGUGGAUCUUAAACAUGUGUACCUGCCACUUAGAAACCAGAUGAAGCGUGUGCCUGUGUCAAACUGCAGCACAUACACAAAUGUGCAGGACUGUUGGUCUGCACAGGAUCCGCACUGCGCCUGUUGCACAUUUGAAGAUGACUGCCAAGAUUCAGACUGGUUAUCCAUUCCUGACGAUUCUCAACAGAAAAUGGUUUCCUACAAAGUUGUAAAGGACGACACAGGCCAGAUCACACUUAACAUCCAGACACAUCUGAGUGUGGGCCAGAAGGCGCUGUCUAACUUCGCCUGUCGAUUCUCUGCAAGUUCCAUUAAGCUUUGCAGAGACGGCCUUCCUCAACAAUUCCCACAAUGCACCUGCAUCCUUUCUAAUAGCACACUUCCUGCUGGAGGCCUGCAUGUCACAGUUAAGAUUAGAGUUGGGACGACACAAUUGUCUAAAGCACUGAAGCUGUCCAACUGCUCAGACAUCAGGGGACCACCAACUUCUGUCCUGUGUCGGCAGUGUAUCGGUGCCGGAUGUAGCUGGAGCGAAAAAGGCUGUUCCUGGGCAAAUGAAGGAGUGGGGAAUGACAGUGUUUGCCAAAAGAUGGAGUCAGGGAUGAACUAUUUUAGACCAGAGAUCUCCUCCAUCACUCCCAGUGUGGUGUCUUUCUACGGCAGAAACCAUGCAGUGUUGUCGGGUUCUAACCUCAGUGAUGUGAUCAGAGUGAGGAUCCAAGCGGACAUGGACUGCAAUCCACAAGAAUCUCCUGUGUGGAACAACACUGGUGUGAAACUGACGUUCCACAUUCCCAGCGCCGAUAAUAAAGGCGUGGUCAAAGUAUGUGUUCUCCUCCCAGAUGGUAGUUGCCAUGGCAAUGCUACAAUCACCUACCGGUCGUCCCCAUCCUGCACCCACAUUGUACCAAGCAGCACCUGGAUCAGGCUCCGGUGCCUGGAGGAGAAUGGAGGCUUCACUUUUGAUGGAGACCUCCGCCACUUCGCUGUGGCCACCAACACUGUUUACAUCGCUACAGCGGAGACGCUCUACCAGCUGAGCCACGACCUGACUCUGGUCCAGAGUCUGACUCAGAGAGGAAUCCUGAAGGACGGGUAUCAGACGGACGAUGCGCAGUUUUCCCGGGUUUCUGAGACGGAUGAGCGGAACGCGACUUUCAGCGUCAACAUAUUAUUGCCUUUUGUUGAGAAUAAAACUCUGAUCAGCUGCGGUGUGAUCGAGUGCGGUUACUGCGAGGUGCUGGACCUGAAGAACAUUUCAAAGAUGCAGUAUAUGGAGCACAUCGAGGUGGGAUCCCCAAGGCGCAGCAGCGCAUCCAUCGGCUUCCUGGUGAAUGUGGUGAAUCAACAGAGUCCGUCUCAUUUGGCUCGAGGGCAAAACAAACAAAGCGCAGACUCUCAGGUCGCUGCGGGAGCGACCCUCAGCAUCUCUGAUGGGGGGAAAGGCAGCAGACUCCUCGCCUCCUCCGUGAUCCCGGGCGGGCCGCCGGUGCUCUGGAGCGGCGUGUUCAGUGUGGACGGAGAACACACCGACACAGAGCUGCUACUGUUUGACAUCAGCCCUCCUCUCACCGGAGACACUGAUAAAGAUCCAGACUUCUGUAGUGUCUGCAGCACUGACAGGAAAAGACCGCCGCCAGAGACUCUGAAGCCCAAGGCGGUGCUCUUCAGGCAGAAGUCCAUGACCUCUGUGCUGGCAGUGAGACACAAGGCCUGGAUGGUUUUCUUCAUUGGGACAGGAGAUGGCCAGCUCAUUAAGCUUGCUGUGGACAAGAACUAUCACACCACCUGUCCCAGGGUGCUCUACAGGGCCACUGAUGACCGCCAAGUGUUUCCCAAAAUGCUUCUGGAUCAAGUGGAUCUUAAACAUGUGUACCUGCCACUUAGAAACCAGAUGAAGCGUGUGCCUGUGUCAAACUGCAGCACAUACACAAAUGUGCAGGACUGUUGGUCUGCACAGGAUCCGUACUGCGUCUGGUGCGGCACUAAAAAAAGUUGCACAUUUGAAGAUGACUGCCAAGAUUCAGACUGGUUAUCCAUUCCUGACGAUUCUCAACAGAAAAUGGUUUCCUACAAAGUUGUAAAGGACGACACAGGCCAGAUCACACUUAACAUCCAGACACAUCUGAGUGUGGGCCAGAAGGCGCUGUCUAACUUUGCCUGUCAAUUCUCUGCAAGUUCCAUUAAGCUUUGCAGAGACGGCCUUCCUCAACAGUUCCCACAAUGCACCUGCAUCCUUUCUAAUAGCACACUUCCUGCUGGAGGCCUGCAUGUCACAGUUAAGAUUAGAGUUGGGACGACACAAUUGUCUAAAGCACUGAAGCUGUCCAACUGCUCAGACAUCAGGGGACCACCAACUUCUGUCCUGUGUCGGCAGUGUAUCGGUGCCGGAUGUAGCUGGAGCGAAAAAGGCUGUUCCUGGGCAAAUGAAGGAGUGGGGAAUGACAGUGUUUGCCGAAAGAUGGAGUCAGGGAUGAAGUUUUCUAAUCCCGAGAUCUCCUCCAUCACUCCCAGUGUGGUGUCUUUCUACGGCAGAAACCAUGCAGUGUUGUCGGGUUCUAACCUCAGUGAUGUGAUCAGAGUGAGGAUCCAAGCGGACAUGGACUGCAAUCCACAAGAAUCUCCUGUGUGGAACAACACUGGUGUGAAACUGACGUUCCACAUUCCCAGUGCCGAUAAUAAAGGCGUGGUCAAAGUAUGUGUUCUCCUCCCAGAUGGUAGUUGCCAUGGCAAUGCUACAAUCACCUAUCGGUCGUCCCCAUCCUGCACCCACAUUGUACCAAGCAGCACCUGGAUCAGUGGGAAGAGGAAUAUCACACUCACGGGAUCCCACCUGGAGUUUGUGGAAGGGGUCACGCACAGCCACGCCCCGCAGGAAGUUAGACUUCCCAGAGACAGGACUAAUCAGAGUCUCACCUAUGACACACCUGCAGCUGAAAAAGGGAUUCCUACUAGCACUGUGUUUCUGAAAGUAGCCAAUGAAACCUUGGCCUGCCUACCAAUGACCUACUAUCCAGAGCCUGAGUUCACUAACUUCACAUCCACAAGGACAGGGGACGAUGUGCGCAUCACCAUACAGAAAAAGGCAGACAAACUGGAGAUGACCGUAGCAGAUUUGAAGGUAUGGGGCGUUGAGGAAGAAAAACAACACCCCUGCAUCAUGGAAACCAAAGAAACCAGUAAUGAGACUGACUUUUUCAUCUGUGAGAUUAAAACGACAGCCAACGCUAACUUUCAGCAGUUAAUGAUAAAGUAUGGAGACAAGACAGUGACACUGAACAUUAGCUCUUCAUUCAAUCUGUACCUGAUGCUUCUUGUCCUUCUGCUGAUACCCUGCAUUAUUGUAGCCUUGGUGAUUGUCUACCGAAGCCAACAGAACACGCUCACUGCUAAGAUGAACAAGCGUAUGGAAGCCCUGGAGCUCGACAUCAGGAAUGACAUUAGACAAGGUUUUGUGGAUCUGCAGACAGAGAAUGCUGACCUGAUGGAAAAUGUUGGAGCGAUUCCUUUCCUGGACUACAAGCAUUUUGCCUCCAGAAUCUUUUUUCCUGAGAGUGAAUCUUUGAUGACAUCGUUUAUCAAAGACAUCGGUCAGGAUGUGGUGAAGGUUCAGCUUGACGAAUGUUGCCAGGGCUUGUCCAGGCUGAUCCAGGACCAGCGCUUCCUCACAUCUAUGGUGCACGCUCUGGAGGAGCAGAAGAGCUUCACCAUCAAAGACAAGUGUGCGUUGGCCUCAUUACUGACCGUAGCGCUCCACAACAACUUGUCGUACCUGACGGAGGUGAUGGAGGCUCUGCUGAAGGCUCUGAUGCAGCAGAGCAGCAACGCUCAGCCCAAGCUGCUGCUACGACGCACUGAGUCCAUCGUGGAGAAACUGCUAACCAACUGGAUGUCAGUCUGCCUUUAUGGCUUCCUCAGGGAAAGCGUUGGCCAGCACCUUUUCCUGAUGGUGAGCGCUCUCACGCAGCAGACAGCAAAAGGACCUGUGGAUUGUGUUACAGAGAAAGCUCUGUACACACUCAGCGAGGACUGGCUGCUGUGGCAGGCUCAGGACUUCAGCUCCCUGAAGCUGAAGGUGCUGUUUGCAGUGGGUAGUGAAGGAGAAGUCAGCGAACCUCUGGAGGUCAACGCUCUCAGCUGUGACUCAGUAGAGCAAGUCAAAGAGAAAAUCCUGUCCACUUUUAAGGCAAAGUUUGGUUUCCCCUACAACAGCCCCCUUAGGGACAUUCGUAUCGAGUAUGAGAACGGUGGAUCGUUUGUUACUCUGGAGGAAGUGGAUGCAAGCUCUGAGGUUAUCGGGGAGGUAACCAUGCUCAACACACUCAAGCACUACCAGGUUCCUGACGGAGCGACAAUCAAAGUGCUUUCUAAGAAAACUCAUCCUCCUCUGAGCCCGCAGGGAAGUCUAAAGGAUGAUGAGAACUUCUCUGGAAAAUACUUCCACUUGAUUGAUCCUGAUGUAGACGAGGACCAAAGAAAGAACCCAGAGAGGAAGAAGUUAAAACUGAAGGAAGUGCACCUCACCAAGCUCCUUUCCACAAAGGUGGCAGUGCAUUCAUUUGUGGAGAAUCUGUUCAGAUCUAUCUGGGGGAUAUCGCACAGCAGAGCCCCGCAUGCUGUCAAAUACUUCUUUGACUUCCUGGACUCUCAGGCAGACAACAUGAAGAUCACCGACCCAGAUGUCCUUCACAUCUGGAAGACCAACAGUUUGCCUCUGCGCUUCUGGGUCAACAUCAUGAAAAAUCCCCAGUUUGUUUUCGACAUGGAGAAAACUCCACAAUUGGACAGCUGCCUGUCUGUCAUUGCUCAGGCGUUCAUGGACUCCUUCUCGCUUAGUGAGACCCAGCUAGGAAAGAAUGCACCAACCAACAAGCUCCUCUAUGCCAAAGACAUCCCAAAGUUUAAACAGGAAGUCGAGGCUUACUACAAGCUGAUCAGAGACCAGUCACCAAUCACAGAUUCUGAAUUCAAGGAAUUCCUGCAGGAAGAGUCAAAGAAACAUGAAAACGAGUUCAACGAAGCUGCAGCCCUCAGAGAGCUCUAUAGAUUCAUUCAGCGAUACUUCACGGAGAUCAAAGAGAAGCUGGACCAAAACGGAGCCCCUGCUGAGCUGACAGAACAACUCCAUCAUGUUAAAAAAUCAUUUGAUGGCCUAAAAAGCUGCUCCUGGAACUGAGCUGCAGUCCUUUUACUCCCAUGAAGUAACUGAAUGACAUGGAAGUAGGGUGCGGAUCAGAGAUCAGGCAGGGGAGUGGGGUCCUGGCCCCUCUGCACCAGAGAUCCCAGUUCCUCCAGCUGCUGCUGCUGGGCACUUUCCAGGUCCUCGAGCCUGCGACGGAGCAAAGACAGCUCCCUCUGAUGCUGCUCCUCCUGCCACACAGAGGGAAAAAAACGAGCUCACGUUACAAAACAGCCUUCUUUACUCACUCUCAUCAAUACAGACCUUGUUAUGACAUUCAGUGGUUUCAUUUCACACAUGCAUCCCCUCUUCCUGUGUAUUCAUUCACACAAUGGACACCCAACUAUUAUGACUGACUGUGGGGAGUUUAACCAGUAAACCUUGGUUUACCAUUUGGUGUUCCAUUUCUAACUUCAGAUGCUCUACAUAACAUGUAUACUGCUCAUUCUGCUUUGACAUUUUAGGAAUGCCCUUUAACAGCUAACACUAAGCUUAUUGCAUUUCGCUGGGUGUGUGACUUAAAGCGUAACUCUCGCCAAAAAUGCAACAUAGGG